CGCGCACUCAACAGCUGACCGUGGAAGUUGGCGUGGUUUUUUUCUAGCUGUGGCAAAAAGCCCGUAUCGGGAAGUUGUCUUCUAUUAAAUUCAAAGCGAAUGGUUAUAGCCUAAUAGGAGGGCUAGUCAACUUUACGGACUCUAAUUUAAGAUGGCGAAUGGUCUGUGAGCACGACAGGCGUCGGCCGCGCAACAGCCGUCUGCUGCCAUGACAACCAGCCGCUGCAGCCAGCUACCCGAAGUGCUGCCGGAGCGCUCGGCCUCGUCUCCCCUGAGCGACCGCGCUGACGGGCGCGACCCUGAGCCAAUGAGCAGCGUGGACUGCGGUCUGGAGCCCGCCCUCCCAGGGAAGGCCAUGGAAGACGAGAGCUGCCCGACGGGUGACGGGGAGAAGGCGCACUACUACAUGCAAGUGUCCGCCAAAGAUGGGCAGCUUCUCUCCAACGUGGUCGGAGCACUAUCCAAACAAAGUGUGCUGGCGGAGCGGCCCAUGUGUCGUAUCUGCCAUGAGGGUGGGGCUCAGGAGGAGCUGCUGUCCCCGUGCGAGUGUGCCGGCACGCUGGCCACCAUCCACCGCAGCUGCCUGGAGCACUGGCUCUCCGCCUCCAGCACCAGCUUCUGCGAGCUCUGCCACUUCCAGUUCAGUGUACAGCGCAAGGCGCGGCCACUGCUAGAGUGGGUGCGUAACCCGGGCCUGCGGCAGGAGAAGCGCACGCUCUUCGGGGACAUGGUGUGCUUCCUGCUCAUCACGCCGCUGGCCACGAUCUCGGGCUGGCUGUGCCUGCGCGGCGCCGUCGACCACCUCCACUUCUCCAGCCGCUUGGAGGCCGUGGGCCUGAUCGCCCUCACCGUCGCCCUCUUCACCAUUUACCUCUUCUGGACGCUGGUGUCUCUCAGGUAUCACUGUCGGCUGUACAAUGAGUGGCGGCAGACCAAUCAGAGAGUGGUUCUCCUACUGCCCAAGUCUCACGGCGAAUCGUCGGUUAACCCAUCGCUGCCCGGCCCGCCCCGAGUCAAACGGCCCUCGAAAGAGACAAUAGUCUGACGUCGGCCCGUCACAGCACUCAUUUCAAAGCCAAGCAAACAAACAUAAAACAAAUGCGGAGCCAGAUGGAUGGAGCUGGGAAGCUGGUUGCAUCCCAGCGUGAGAUGCUGUCGUUGCCAUUGGGAUAAGGGCAAACUUAUGUACUCACCCUCUCGUAAGGUUCCUGAAUGCGCCCCACCUGUACAAAGAUGGCCGCCUCACCUCUAAUGGAACAUCAGCAUGGCUUUUGGGACUUUAUCGACCUGCUGGGUUUUCAGAUGAAGAAAGAAACUCACAUCAGAGUCUCUGUUGUGAUGUUAAAACAGGAUUAUGUAAAUGAAGGAUCACGUUUGAGAUGCGUAUACGUGUUAAGGGCCAUGUCAGACACACAUACACACACACACACACUUUUGAACUUUGAUUAGCCUACCUUGAUCUGAGGAAGGUUAACUGGGGAAACUUCUCUACCUAACACCCUGUAUCACAUACAGUGACACAUCUGGGAGCACCUAUGUAAAAUCACAUUGGUCUUUAUUGUAGACCACUGAAUAGCUCCACUGGUGCAAGGGUGGUUUAUAUGUGAUGAUGAAAAAAAGGCUCAGGCAGUGGUGGCUACUGAGGAAGAGAAUGUCUCUCCUCAGUGUCCCUUCUCUAACCCCCCUGAGCCCCAUAUUAAUGCUCAGUCAUAAACACUGUCGCAUUAUAAGCUCUUUUGCAAGGCAGAAAGGACAAUACAUGCAGUAUGGGUGUAGUGUCCAGAGCUGCAGGGAGAGACACAGAGGCUUUUUUGAGUGAAAACAACACUGAAGUAUUUAGCAUUGCACGUAAUUAUUGUUAUAUUCACCAACAGUCCGUUAGAGAUCAAAUUGUGGAGUUGUUUGGGUUAGGAUAUGGAGCCCCAUAAGGGUCAUGGUGGUGAUUUUAUAGAGCUUUGGUUGUGAGGGAAUACAAAAGUAUUGGGACGGAACACAAAACUACUGAGAGGAAAUGAUAAAAGUAUCGAGAGGGAAUGCAACAUUUGUAUAAGGAAUGCAAAAAAAAAAGCCGCUACCAUAACCCUUUGGGGGCUCUAUAGUUUGCCACAUUUAUGUUGUUUGUCUUUGAAGCACUAGUGCUUAUGAAAAUAAGCCCUCUCAGUGAAAAGGGAGGGUUUGAUGCACUGGAAUUCCCUACUGCUUUCAAUAUGAAGCAUCAGUGUUGAGCUCUGAGGAAAAUUUAAUUUAAUUUUUAUUUCAUUUUGUUCAAGUACAAAUUUGGAGAACAUUUUUGUAGACUUUUUUUUUCAAAUACUCACACAUUGUGAGACUUUUGUGGACCAUAAUUGACUAUAAUAUUGGAUGUAGAUACAUUUUCUUUAAGGGCCUUUUUUAGAUUGGAUUUAUGUUGGUUUUACCUAUUUGUGCUAUUGUGUAUAUUUCUAAUAUACUUUUUUGUAUUCUUUAAUGUCACCACUGCCAACUACAGUGUCCUAGUGAUAUUUUGUGUGUGUGUGUGCGUGUGUAUUGUUUUACUUUUGCUUUCUACUUGUAGUGGUUGCCAAUGCCUUCAACUAUGACAGGAAACGUCUUGUUUAAUACGUCUACUGCUUAACCAUGUAUGCACUAAAUGUGUUUGGGGCCAAAACAGUAUCACAUCUGGGCAUAGUUGAGUUUGAUGACACAUAAGAUUUGACAGCAACAUUAUUGUACAUAUUUCAGUCUCCACAACAUUUCAGUUAUGUCCAAUCAGUCCCAAAGACUUAAUCACGAAUAUAAAUACUUGAGAAACAUUGAUAAAGCAGUAGUAUUUA